UAAAAAUUAAAUAAAAUUUACUUGUAUUUUAAGGAUAAUAAAAGUUGAUUAUAAAAUACAAUAUAAAAAAAAUUAACACAAGGAAAAGAAAAAUAAUUUCCUUGAACAACAAUUAACACAAAAAAAAGUUUCAGAAAGCUGAAGAAUUGUGAAUUUUGCAUUUUAAUGGUGAAUCCGUUUUAAAAGUGUUUAACUACUAAUAAUUAUAUUUAAAAUUAUAAAUAAUAAAAUACUCUUGGGAAAAAAGUAGUUGGAUUGAAUAAUAUUAAAAAUUAAAACUGAAAAUAUAACAACCUUAAAUAUUGAAUUUUAAAACAAGAAAAAUUUUCAUUGUAUAAAAAAAACUUUGACAUUCAAUUCAAAUUGUCAUAAAUAAAAUAUAAAUUGUUAAGGAACAGCAACAACAACAAUAUUAUUAAAAAUUUACCGCUAUCGAGAAUAACAAAUUUUGAAUAGAAAUCAAAUAAUUACAAUUUUGGAAUAAUUGUUAAUUUUGUUCUUUUUAAUAAAAAAUUUAAGAAAUUGUGAAUUUUCUUUAAACAAAAUAAACAUUUAUUUUACACAAGAUCUGUGCAUUCAAUAAUUAAUUUGUUUUUUUAUUUUAUAAAAAAAAAUUUUUGGAAUAACAUUUUUAAUAUUUUUAAUUGAAUUUUUUUAAUUAUAUACUUAGCUACUACACCUAUAACUUUUAUAUGAACAUAAUAAACUUUUCAUAUUUUAAUUAUAAAUGAAUUAAAUGAGAACAUUUAACAUUUUUUUUGAAAAAAAAAAAAAUUAUAAAAAGUGAAGAAUAAAAAAAAAUAGUGAAAAUUUUUAUAUACUUGCAAAUUAUACCGACAUAUAAAUAAGUAUAUACAUAAUAUAAAAAUAUACACACGUUGGAUUUUAAGCCGAUUACUCAAAACUUGAAUAGAAAUAAAGAAAAAAGGACGAAUAAGGAAGUUGAUUCUUUUUUUUAAUUUUCUGAACGAGAAAAGGAUUUAUAAACUUUUAUAAAAGAAAAAAUUUAUUUUGAUAAGAAAAAAUAAUUAUUUAAAAAAAAAAUGGGUACUUUUGACUGUUGGAAUGCAUUUUCAUUAUCAAAUGAUGAAACAGAUAGAAUGGAAUUUUUAUUAGAUAGAGAAAUUGAUACAUACGUAUGUAAUAAUUAUGACGAUCUAUCAUUUAUACAUUCAGAUCUAUAUAAUUUGGAUACAUAUCGUAGUAUACAUGAUGAUAUAAAACAAAUUGAAUCAUCUGGUUCAACAGCAGCAUCAGAUGCAAGUGUUACAUCAGAACCAGAAAUAGAUAUAAAACCAAAAACAGAAAUACGUAAUGUUGAUUGUAUGUGGUCUGGUUUAGGUAAUUUAUGGGAUAGAAAAACAACAAAUCAAAGAUCAAAUAAUCAACAACAAACACAAUCACAACAGCAACAACAACAACGACAACAAAAUUCUUCUUUAAUACAAAAUAAUGGUGUUAAUUCAAAUUAUGGUUUAAAUGGUAUUAAUAAUAGCAGUAACACAAAUAAUAAUAGUAAUAAUGGUGGUAGUAAUAACGGUGGAAUAUCAACAGCAACAACAACAAAAUUAUCAGCAAAAAAUAUACAAAAUAUUCCACCAGGUGCAUCAUUAUUAAUUAAUUCACGUUUAAAUCAACAAAAGAAAUCACAGUCAUCACCAUCAUCUAAAUAUCAUAAUAACAGCAAUAAUAAUAGUAUAUCAACAUUAAUACCAAAUAUAUUGGCAUCAGAUUUCAUAAAAGAUCGUGAAUCAAUGCAACAGCAACAAAGUCAUCAUCAUAAUCAUCAUCAUAAUAAUUAUAAUAAUAAUACAUCAAAUUUAUUAAAUAAUAAUAAUAUAAUAUUAGCUAGACCAGAUACACCAUUAAGUUUAGAUGAUGAUGCACCAGAAUUUAAACAUUCUGUUGAUUUAGCUGCAUGUAUAACAGGAUCAAAUAAUAUAUGUUUAGAUUUAAAUAAUAUACAAGAUACAACUGAUAAAAUGAUUAUAAAUAAAUUAAAAGAACAAUUAGAAGAUACAAGUACAGAUAAUAUUGAUAUUAGAAAUAUAAUACCAGGUAAUAAUAAUAAUAAAAAACGUUCCUUAACAGAAGUUUUACAUGCAAUUGGUUCAAUUGAUAAAGAUUAUUUUUCAAAUGAUAAUAAUAAUUUUAUAAAUCUUGGAAGUAAUAAUAUUGAUUUAUUAACAAUACAACAGCAUAAUAAUAUUAUAAAUCAACAGAAACAAAAACAAACAUCAAUAUAUGAUUAUGGUUCAAAUACAGCACCAGAUAGUGAAUUAUCACAAUCAAGUUCAGAAUCUGAAGGUGAUGAUUUAGAUGAUGAUGAUGAUGAUGAAGAUGAUGAUGGUGAAUAUGAUGAUGAUAAUAUUAUAAAUAAUAGUGAUGUUAUUGGUGUUAUUGAUGGUGUUAAUGGUGGUGUUAAUGAUAGUUGCGGUAAUGGUAUUAAUAAUAAACAUGUUUCAAAUAUAUUUAGAAUACCAUCAACAUCACAAUUUCGUAAAAAUAACAAUUAUACAACAUAUAUUGAUCAUAGUUAUACAAGAAGUAAUGAAAGUAAUGUUGAUGUUGUUGGUAUUGGAUUAGAGACGCCAUCCGAUUCUGACGAAGAAAUUGAUGUUGUAUCCGUUGGUGAUAAAAAACUUCCAACAAAUCCAUCUGAUAAAGAUAGAAAAGCAUUACAAAAUAAAGUAGCAAAUAAAUUUUCAGCGAGAAUUGUUAAAACACCGAAUGGUAUUAGAACGAUACCUCCAAGAAAACGUGGUACAUUUGAUCCACCAUAUGCAAUUAUGCCUAUAUCUAAUAUGACAACGAGUCCAAUUAAAACAAUAUCAGUUGGUGGUGGUGGUAGUAAUAGUAAUCCACGUUAUAAUAAUUCACAAUGUUCUAAUACAAAUAUUAAUAAUAAUAAUAGCAAUAAUUUAAUUAAAACUCAACAACAAAAUAUUGAUAGUAGUAAUAAUAUUAAUAAUAGUAAUAAAUAUAACAAUAAUAAUAAUAAUAAUAAUAAUAAUAAUAGUAGUAAUAAUAGUAUAUCGGCUGGCCGAAAACGUAAUGUUAAUAAUAAUAAUAGUACAAUAUUAAAUAUAAAAAAUCAACAAAAUGAUGAAUAUUUACCUCCUAGUAAAAGAAGUCGAAAUAAUAAUAAUAAUACAACAAUAACAAAUAAUAGUAAUAAUAAUAGCAAUAAUAACAGCAGUAGUAGUAAUAAUACAACAACAAGUAAAAGUAGUAAUAAAAAAUCAUCAAAUAGUAAAAAGAAUUAUGAUAUGGAAGAACAGGAUACAAUUGAAAAACGUAAUUUACAUAAUGAUAUGGAAAGACAACGUCGUAUUGGAUUAAAAAAUUUAUUUGAAGAAUUAAAACAACAAAUACCAAGUAUAAAAGAUAAAGAAAGAGCACCAAAAGUUCAUAUAUUACGUGAAGCAGCAAAAUUAUGUGAACAAUUAAUGCAUGAUGAAAAAACAAUAUUACAACUUAAAAAUCAAUUAAUAAUGCAAGUACACAGAAGAAAAGAAAUAUUGGAGGCGAAAUAUAAAUAAAAAAAGAAACAACAAAAUUAAAUAAAAUAUAAGAGAGAAUAAAAAAAACAAACUAAUGAAAUUUAACUUUAAGAUAAAUGAAAAAAGAAAUGUAAAUAACAUAUUAAUGAAAUUUAUAUAAAAUUUAAAAUAACACAUAACAGCAAAUAAAAAAAAAACAAAACAAAUGAAUACAAUGAACUAACACUUAUUAUAUACACAUAUUAAACAAAACAAAAUGUAUAAAAUUAUAUAUAGUUAUAAAGUAUAAUAAAAUAUCAAUAAUGUUAUACAAAAUAAAACCAAACAAAAAAUUUAAAUUGCAUAUAACACUUUAAUAUAUAUAAUUAUUAUAAAAGAAAAGAAAGAAAGAAGAAAAAAAAAUUAAAUUUUUAAGAAGGUAAAUAGAAAAGGAGAUAUGUUUUUUUUUUUUAAUUUUUUUUUUGUGUAAAUAAAACAAAGAAAACUAUUAAAUACUAGUCAGGGGGGUGUUUAUUAUUAAAUUUAAAGAAGAGAAAAAAUUGUUAAAUUAAAUAAUUAUUAUAAAAAUGAAUAUAUUGUAAUGUUAAAAAUAAAUGAAUUAAAAAUAAAAUAAAUGAAAAUAUAUAUUUUGGAUAAUUAAAUAAGAAAAAGUAAAAAAAAAAAAUACAUAAAUAAAUAAUUUAAGAUCAGAAAAUUUAUAAGCAAUUGAAAUAAAAGAAUAGAUGACCCUCCCUGUCUGUUAACUGUCGAUUUAUAUAUGUUAAUUUUUUAAUUUUUAAAAAUAUUUUUUUUUUAUUAUUAUUAUUAUUAAUUAAUUAAUUGAUAAAUAUACAUAUUUUUUUUACAUUUUUAUAUAUUAUACAAUUUAUAUUUACUUAUAAAAUACACAUAUAAUAUAUUUAUAUAUAUAAGAAAAAAAAAUUUAUAUAUUAAUGUAAAAAGUUUAAAAAAUGUAAAAUGUAAUUUUUAAGCCUUUUUUUUUUA